CACGAAUAUCCUCCAUCUUGCUUGCCCUGUGAAUAGAGAAACGAAGAAAAUGGAACAGCGAUGGCCGCUGGGUGUGAAUGAACUAGGGAACAGAGGAAUAGUGGAAUGGACCAAGAAGUGUUGACGAGCAGGUGGACAAUCGAACAUGGACGAGUAAACGAAGGAGCAUUUCCACAUACCAGACGAUGGAGCAGGAUUCGGUAACAGCCCGUAGCUGGGGCAGCUAUAACGUGUUUUAUUUAAAAUUAAGAGAUAGAAUUGGAUAGAAGAAAUGCGAGUGCAAGAAAAAGCCUCUACAUCAUGUGCCAAAAUGACCGAAGAAAGGAGCUUGAAUGGAGAUGUACCCAGUGGUAGCAAGAGGGGCUUUGGACAUGGCAACGCCGAUGGGGCCCAAAGCCCGAACUUGACAGCCACUGCAGAUCCUGAUAGAUCCUGUUCAAUUGCUGGUGGCAGACUGAAGUUUUUUAAAGAUGGCAAGUUUAUCCUUGAACUGUCCCAUCGCAAAGAAGGUGAUCGCACUUCGUGGGUUCCUGUUCCGAAGAAGACGUACUGGCCUCCACCUGCCGCUGCAGGAACUCCACGACAGGAGAGUUCCACCUCACUCAGUGUAUCAGAUGAUAAUUCAUCAGUUCAGUCAUCUCCUUGGCAGCGGGAUCACUGUUGGAAACAAAGUAAUCCACGCCGUAACAUUGGCAAGGAGAUGACGUUUGUCAUGCAACCGCUGCGUCACAUGUUAUAUAUCCGGAACAUGCACUACUUCUCAGAUACUAUUCGACGGAAAAGAAGGAGCCCUUAUGAUCCCACUGAAGUUACUGUGUUAGAUGUGAACAAUACAAACAAUGGGAAAUUAGUGAGGGUGAGAAAAGUAGGAUCAGAUCCUGCCAAAUUGACUGUUAUAGUACAAACACUGUGGGAGAGAGUGCAGGGAUUGAGCAGUAGUGAAACAGUGGCAUGCAGCAGCAGUGGGGUGAGUACAUCUAUGCCAAUGCAGAACCUUGCAAGGACAAUGACUGUGGCUGCCAGUCGCAUGGAUCCAAGCAUAAUAUCUCCGCGUAAAAGAAUCCUUCGCGAGAUGGAACGAGUCACCCUCUAUGACUUGGCCAGUUCAAAACGUCAGCGAGCUCGUACCACUAGUGCCUUGCCCCACAAUAAUAACAACGGUAAUAGCAGCAUCUGCACCGUCACGUGCCAAACUCUACAGCCAGGCAGUGUCCUGCCUUCCCUGCACCAGUCAGCAAAAGGUAGUGUGAGCAGUUACAGUAUCACGUCUCUGCUGGGUACAAAUAGAGAUGAUACCACUUCUCCCGAGCCAAGCCCCAGGCCAAAGGGAACCAAUAAGACUGGAGGAAGUAGAAAAGCUUCGCCCACUCUCCAUCGGCAUAUUAGGUCUCCAUCUCAUCGCGGGUCCCCCAACCUUUCUCCGUCACCAGAGUCACUUCGCUCAGGGCUACGAACUCCUGUCGUUCCGUCCGUUGGAAACCCGUCUCACGCUUCCCAUCUGUCACCCUUUCUGGCGCCACCAUUGCUGUAUGCUUCUCCACUUACAUCUCCCUACCUACCUCACCACCCCACUCCAGCCCUUGGUCAUCAUCCCUACUACUCUGGCUUGACCCCUGUUCCCGCACAGUAUCGGAGCUCACCAUCACCCAUCUCUUCAUACUGGGUCAAUUACCCGGUCUCUAGUCUUCCACGGGGAUCAGUGUUUGCUGGGCCGGUGCCCCCUUGCCAUGGCUCUCCACUCAGUCCCUGCCCAUGGGGGUCUAUGACCCAUCAUUCCCUGGAUGACUUCAAGAAAGAUGAUGGUGUUUCAGAUGUUCCACUCAACUUGUCAAAACAUGCUGGGUGA